AGCAGAGCAGAGCAGAGCAGAACGCUGCAGCCUUCAGCUCCCAGAGCAGCAAACUGCUUCCAAGUGGAGCGUUGGCCGAAUUGUACAAUGCCCUUAGAAGAUGAAAAUGGAUGGAAGAAGAAGACAACUGACAUCAGGGAAAAAUAUGACUUUAAGGAAGUCCUUGGAACGGGGGCAUUCUCUGAGGUGGUGCUGGCUGAAGAAAAGAGCACUCAGCGCCUCGUGGCUGUCAAGUGCAUCCCGAAGAAGGCACUGGAGGGCAAAGAGAACAGUAUCGAGAAUGAGAUUGCUGUGCUGCACAGAAUAAAACACAAAAACAUUGUUUCACUGGAGGACAUAUUCGAGAGCCAGACACAUCUGUACCUGAUCAUGCAGCUGGUAUCAGGUGGCGAGCUGUUUGAUAGAAUUGUGGAGAAGGGUUUCUACACAGAAAGAGAUGCCAGUAAGCUCAUUCGUCAGAUCUUAGAUGCCGUCAAGUACUUACAUGAUGUGGGCAUUGUGCACAGAGAUCUAAAGCCUGAGAACCUGCUGUAUUACAGCAUGGACGAAGAUUCUAACAUCAUGAUCAGUGACUUUGGACUGUCAAAAAUUGAGGACUCAGGGAGCGUUAUGUCAACCGCAUGUGGAACACCUGGAUAUGUAGCUCCUGAGGUUCUGGCACAAAAACCUUACAGCAAAGCGGUGGACUGCUGGUCCAUAGGUGUCAUUUCUUACAUCUUGUUAUGUGGAUAUCCACCAUUUUAUGAUGAAAAUGAUGCCAAACUGUUUGAACAAAUCCUGAAAGCUGAGUAUGAGUUUGACUCUCCAUACUGGGAUGACAUAUCAGACUCAGCUAAAGAUUUUAUAAGCCACCUCAUGGAGAAAGAUUCUGUACUGAGAUAUACAUGUGAACAGGCCCUACAACACCCAUGGAUCUCAGGAGACACUGCUCUCGACAAGAACAUCCAUGAGUCUGUCAGUGCACAAAUUAAGAAGAAUUUUGCAAAGAGUAAAUGGAAGCAAGCUUUUAAUGCUACAGCGGUGGUGAGACACAUGAGAAGACUGCAGCUGGGCACCAGUCUAGAGGGUUCGAGUCAGGUCACCUCCACCAGCCCCUGUCACAGACAUCUGUUUUUGCCUGCUAAAGAACUCAACCAGGAAGAAAUACAGAAUGAGGAAGAGGAGAACAGUUCUCCUGAGGUAGAAGGACGCCGCAACAGUGCAGAUCAGGACAGUGUGAGAAGCUGUGCGUACUGCUGUAGACCAACCAGCCGGGUCUGAGACACACCUAGUAAUCUGCAGAUCCCAGUGGACGCCAGCAGAUCCCAUCACACGUAAUUCAAUCACCACCAGUCUGACUCUGAACACAGAUCUUACCCUUCAGUAUCCACCAGAGGGAGCUAGUGCAAUGUGGAGAACAGGAUUGUCGACAGACCAUGCUGACAUCUUGCUGUUGAUUUACCAGUGGAUUUACCAGUUCAGUUUAGUUUUGUCUGUUUUGUUUUGUGUUCUAA